AUGAUCAAGACCCUUACAGCCGCUAUCACGCUGCUCGCAGCUGGCGGUGUGGUUGCAGUGCCUCACCCCGUCGCUAACGAAAAGCCGACCAGGACGCAGCCGCUCAGCAAACGCGCGACUACGGUAUGCGGCCAGUGGGACUCUGUCCAGACAGGGGGAUAUACCGUGUAUAACAACCUAUGGGGCAAAGAUUCGGGCACCGGGUCGCAGUGCCUGACCGUCGACGGCGUGUCCAGUGGCCUUCUCUCAUGGUCAACCACUUGGUCGUGGAGCGGCGGCCAGUAUAAUGUCAAGUCGUACCCCAACGCGGUUGUAUCCGCUCCAGCGGCCAGGCUGUCUGCCAUUUCGUCUAUUCCAACGCGGUGGCAGUGGAGCUACACUGGCAACAGCAUGGUCGCCAACGUCGCAUACGACCUCUUCACCAACUCAAACUGCGGUACGACGCCAGAGUAUGAGAUCAUGGUGUGGAUUGGGGCAUAUGGCGGUGCCGGCCCUAUUAGCCAGAGCGGGCAGCCCAUCGCCAGCCCCAACAUCGGCGGCGUCACAUGGCGCCUGUACAAGGGCUCGCACUCGCAGAUGACCGUCUUCAGCUUCGUUUCGCCCGGCCAGAUCACCAAUUACAGUGGUGACCUCGUCAACUUUGUGAGGUACCUCACCCAGUCGCAAGGCAUGCCGGCCUCGCAGUGCCUCUACUCUGCCGGCGCAGGCACCGAGCCCUUCACCGGCAGCAACGCGCGCUUUACCACCAGUGGAUACAGCAUGUCGAUUUCGACGAGCGGCAGCGGCGGUGGAGAGGGAGGAGGAGGCCCGAAUCCGCCAAGCUGUGCUGCUUUGUAUGGACAGUGUGGAGGUUCAGGAUGGUCGGGGCCGACAUGUUGUACCCAGGGCACAUGCAAGGCGGCCAACCAGUGGUACUCUCAGUGCUCAUAA